UCUUUCUUCUUUUCUCCCCCAACCAUGAAGAUCUCGGUCCUGACUUUGCUCUUCUUCUCGUGCCUCCAGAUUUCCUACUCCUUUCCUGCACGCUAUAAUGCAAUAUUCAGUUUCGGCAACUCCCUCGCCGACACCGGUAAUUUUCUCAUCACCGGUGCCCAGCCCUUUCCUGGCAUCGGCAGGCUUCCUUAUGGCAUCACCUUCUUUGGCCGCCCCACCGGCCGCUGUUCCGACGGACGCUUGGUUAUCGACUUCAUCGCUGAGGCGUUUGGACUCCCAUUGCUGCCGCCAUCUUUAGCAAGCGGCCAAGACUUCCGACAGGGAGCAAACUUCGCCGUCACGGCUUGCACGGCACUUGACGUAGCCUUCUGGGAACAGAGAGGGCUCGCCGGCAUAUUUUGGACCAACGAUUCUCUGGGCGUCCAGCUUCAAUGGUUCGAGCAGCUGAAGCCUUCCCUUUGCACCACGCUCAAAGAGUGCAAGGACUACUUCGGUAAAUCCCUCUUUGUGGUCGGAGAGAUUGGAGGGAAUGAUUACCACUUUCCCCUUCUCGCCAAUAGGACCUUGGAGGAAGUAAGGACAUACGUGCCUGAAGUCAUUGAAAAAAUUUCGAAGACUACUGAGAUUUUAAUCAACCAGGGAGCUGUCGACCUAGUUUUGCCUGGGUCGCCACCAUCGGGUUGCUUUGGGUUGCUCUUGACGUUGCUCCCUAGUCCCAACAAAGAAGACUAUGACCCGCGGACUGGAUGCCUCAAGAAACUAAAUGCAUUAUCAAGAUAUCACAACAAAUUGCUUCGUCGGACGGUAAAAAAUCUCCGGAGCAAAUAUCCGGAGGUCAGAAUAGUCUAUGCCGACUUCUAUGAACCAGUCAUUCAAUUUGUACGGUCACCCGAACGCUUUGGAUUUAGCAAUGGGGCUCUAAUUUCUUGCUGCGGGGGUGGAGGUCCCUACAACUUCAAUCCACGAGCCAGGUGUGCUGAGCCAGGUGCGACCGUAUGUAAGGACCCAUCCAAGUCCAUAUUUUGGGACGGCAUCCACCUAACCGAAGCUGCUUAUCGCUACAUCGCCACGGGUUGGCUCCAAGGUCCCUACGCCAACCCACCCAUUAUGAGCCCUCGGCUCCCAAACUGAAAGCUAUAUCAACCAUGCCUGGGCGCAAAUUGUUUUGGAGGGAAAAAAAAAAAA